CUUUACCAACACACACGCACACAACUCUUUCGCCUUUCAACCUUUCUUUCACUUCAAAACGUUUUUCUUCCACCGUGUUUCUCUUAGUCUCUUUUCAGAACCUUUGCAUAAUUAACUAAAGUCGAUCCGCUGAUUUCCAUCUCGUGAAUAUGGUUUCGGACGACGAUGAUUUGGAUUGCCCUCUGUGCAUGGAGGAGUUCGACAUUGCCGAUCGCAAUUUUCGCCCUUGUCCUUGUGGAUACCAGAUUUGUCGUUUCUGCUGGCAUCAUAUUAAAUCCAACCUCAACGGACGAUGUCCCGCUUGUAGACGCCAGUACAGCGAUCAGAUCGCCCAGUUCAUACCUGUGAGCGCUGACGAGAUUGUGCGUCUCAAAAAGGAAAAGAAGGAGAAAGAACGACAGCACAAAGACAUGAAGGACUCGAAUCGACGUCAUUUGUCCAAUGUCAGAGUCGUGCAGAAGAAUCUAGUUUACGUACUUGGCCUGAGCUCAAAAUAUGCGAGUGUGGAGAACGAGUUUUUCAAAAAGUACGGGAAAAUCGCCAAGCUCGUCGUCUCCAAACGGUCUACACAGCAAACAGGCAGUCAGUCGUCUUCGUCCGUGGGUAUCUAUGUCACGUACUGUCGCAAAGAAGAUGCUGCUAAAGCAAUCAGUGGAAUUAAUGGAUCUACGUGUGAAGGUCGCUCACUAAGGGCGUCCUACGGUACCACUAAGUAUUGCACGUAUUAUUUACGGCACAUGUCAUGCCCGAACCUGAAUUGCAUGUACUUGCACGAGCCUGGGGAGGAUGUGGACAGUUACACCAAGGACAGCUUGAACAUCGGUAAACACCCUAGCGGAUCGGGAAAUCAGACGUAUCCCAACAAACGAAUAACGCCGACCUGUUCGACAUCAACUACUACAGCAAGUGGAGCAACCGGCUCGUCUACGGUAGCAGCUGGAACAGCAACGACAUCACAAGUGCCUCCAAAGCCAAUAGUGCGAUCUUCAACGUCAAACGAUACUCAGCCGGAACCACCUCGCAAAAGUGCUUGGGCACCUAUACCAAAAGUCGUCCCACCACCUCCUCCUCCCCCUGUUGCGCCGGAACCGCCUGCUGAGAUACCGGAACCUGAACCCAAGGCCGAGCCUGUGUUAGCAUCAGCAUCAUCAUCGUCAUCCGUCCCAGUAUCAACACCAGCAGCAGCUACGACAACAACACCAACGCAACCAGCACAACCGAAACCUUCGUCAUCUGCUUCUGAACAGACAAAGAACAAAACUGUCUUAGAAAAAGCCUCCAAACCGAUUCCGAUCGAAAAGAAACCUGCGCUCCCGGCAGCUGCAUCGUGGGGCAAAGGGGCGAAUAAUCUCGCAUCUAGCCACGAGAGCGUGGCGACUCCCACGAAUUUCGGUCCAUCGCUGUCGGAUGCAUUAAACGCGUCGCAAAAGCCAAAGCAUUCUCCAGCGAUUCCGCGAAAGAAGGAGAAAAAAAUGAAAUCCAAGAUGAUUCGACUGGAAGAUUUUGAAGAAGGGGUGCGUCCUUCUGGUAAACCCGGCAAGAAACAGCAAAAGGAGACGGUGCAGACAGAGAGCGCCUUGUCUGCCCAAAUUCAUCGGCAACAACAGCAACAAGAGUCACCGUGGAAACCAAUUCAGAUGCAAUCGCAAAGCACCAAGCCCUGUUCAGAACCUUCGGCUCCAUCUGCUGCUACCGCCGCCGCCGCCACUACUGCUACACCCUCAUCCGCUCAAAUUGAAUCUGAGUCAUCUACAAAAGUGGUUUCUGGUCCCUCGAAAGAGAUCGAUGCUAUGGAUACGGAUGAAGAACGUCAUGAGGGAACAGAUGAAGCUGCAGAACAGAAAUCACGAGCAGAAGCAGAGCCACUGCGUGAAGAAUCGCCUUAUGAAGAAUCGAUUGUGCCAGAAUCGAAACCAGAAGAGGCCGCUGCAUCGGCACGGCUCAAGAAGGAGGAGACGGUUGUGGAAGAAAAGGAGGAUGUUCAGAUGGCACCGUUGGAUUCGAAUGUCGACGACCAUCACCAAAGCGAGGAUAUCGAGCGACGUGAUCCAUCAGCCGAUGCAGCUAUUCCAGUCGAGGAUAAGACGGCGGCGUUUGACCAAUUUAAAGUAUCACCUGAUACUGUGGAUAAGCCGUCAUUUGCGAAUUACAUCCUUGGAAGUGUUAUGCUUGAUAGUGAUGACAGGAAUAGUGAGGAUGCUUUUGACAUGGAAGGCGGACUCUCCAGCUUAAAGGGUGAUCUUGAUUCAGAAUACGAUGCGAUGAGAGAUGCACACGAUGAACAUCAGUACAAUGUUCUGGACGAGCUCGAGCGUUCGGAAAAGGUACAAGAAGACGACCAUGGUUUCACGUCACCACUGCUUGCAAUGGAACGGUUUUCGGCACUCAUUAACGAAGAAUUGGUAUCUGGCUCGCCUGAGCGUCCCAUGGAAGAGUUCGAUCGUCCACCCGCUCAGCAUCCACCAUCGUCACUGUUUCAGGAUCUGGGACUGCCAUUUGAUGGCGGCCAUGCGCACGGACCGCCACCAGGCAUCCACGGCCCGCCAGAAUGGCGAGCGCAUAACUUUGAUCCGUUUAAUGGCCAAGAUCCCGCAGCAGCACGACGACUGCAGCACUCACAGCAGAUGCUUGAAGCAUCUGGUCUUUUCCCCGGUUUCGCUCCUCGACCUCCUCCGAUGUUUGGCGUAUCGCCCGAUUUCCAUGCAUCAGGCACGCCUCCGCCACCGCCACCACCACCGCAAGGUCCUCCGCCUGGCAUGUUUGGACUACCCCCGGCGCCUAUGAUGCAUCGUCCAGAGUUCAUGAACAUGCCACCUGGACUCAACCCACCGAUGGUUGACAAAUCCGGCAUGGCAAGCAUUGAACAAGGCAUGCGUGAUAUGCACAUGCAGCAACAGCAGCAGCAGCAGCAGCUUCAGCAAAACAACAACGUUCACAACGAAUCUCUGCGAACAAUGCAGGAUGAUUUACGGGCUUUGUUGCCAAAUGUGAAUAUCAGCUUUGGUCCCAUGCGUGACGAUAAUAUGCCUCUAUCCAACAAGCCUCACACCCCCGGACACGACGAACCAGAGUUUUUGCUCCAUCGACGACCCUCUGAAACUCAGCAUGUGCAGCCAAGAUUUGAGUUUAACAAUCAGUCCAACAACGAACACCCGAGAGAGUUGGAGCGUUUCAACAUGUCCCCCCAUGCGGAAGAAAAGAUAUUCUUUGCAAGCAAUGGAGCAACACACAAGCCCGAUGACGCCUACCCUGAGGAUGAACAUGAACGGACUCAAGAGGAAGAGGAAGCUGGUGGGAAUGUUAAGCAGGAAGCACAGAACUUUUUUGGAGAAUUUCUUCGCAAGGCUGCUGCUACAGCGCCGGGCGGCGCGCCUAUGCACAUGCCUAUGGAAGAAGCACCACGAAAAGCAUCCUUGCCGUUCCAGGAUCCAGCAAUCAUGUCUGUGCGUAUGAGUGGCGAAAAGAAGGCACCGGAUAUGACUGAAUCGCAAAACACGCUCUUACAACUUCUUGGUGGACAACAACCGCCACCUCAGCCCCAGCAACAUCGGGAACCACCACCAAUGCUGUUGAACCAAGCGAUGCGCUCGCCAGCUGAGGAUCCUUUUGGAAGGGAGAUGGCACCAAAGCCGUUGAUGUUUAUGGAACAUCAGCAGCAGCAACACUCGCCACAGCAACAACACCAACACCAACACCAACACCAACCACCACCGCCUCCCAUGCCUUUCCAUCAUCAUCAACCGCCCCCACCGCCUCCCCCUCCAUUCAUGCCGGGUUAUAUGGGUGGAAUGCCUCCUCCUCCUCCUCACUAUCAGCACCAUCAUAUGCAGGAUCCUCCGCCUGGAAUGAUGCCGAUGCCGCCGCAACCACCACAUCCUCCUCUCCCGAUCCCAAUGCAGAUUGAAAUGGGCUUUAGACCAAGGAACGGAACUGGCCCCGCUAAUUUCCCACCAGGCCUGUUUCCUGGCGGAAAUGGCGUAAGACAUGAUGGAAUGUAAAUGGAACGAAACAUAAGAUUUAAUCUGAUCAUGGGCCCUUUUUUGUUGUUGUGUGUAUUUUGUUUUUUUUCUCUUUCCUUGUUUGAUAUUCUCCACUGUUUGGUGUCAUUUUUUUUCCAUUUAUCUUUCAAAUCAAUAACAUAUAAACCAUCAGGUUUGAGCAACCUGUACAUCCUUCUGUUCCUCAACUAUCGAGUACUUCUUUUAUUACGAAAUGAUUGAUGUUCUUGCUUGUCUGUCUGUGACUGAUUGUCUCUUGAUAUUCACCGUCUUAUGCCAUGGAUUUCUCUAUGACUUUUUGUUCUGUUUUUGGCGAGUUAAAUGUAAUCAACGGCGCCCGCUUACAACAGC